AUGGAAAUAUUUGGUGCGGAAGCUUUGCGAAAAGUAUAUGUCAAUGAGGCGCGUAACACUGGACAUGUGGAACCGCUGCAGGUGGUGCCACCUAAAAGAUCGAAAUUUGAAUUGGAAGUGAUGCAGGAGACGGAUGAGGAAUCGGAGUCGGAAUCCGAACUGAGUGAGCUGUCCAGUGUGCUGACGAGUCUGAGUGACACAGAUUCUGAAACAGACAGCGAAUGGCUGAAAAGAUUCCCAAAAACGAACAACACUGAUGAUUCCGAGAAACCGGAAACUACUGCUAUAAAUCACUAA